UAGAAUUGUGUUAUGUACACUUGUUGCUUCUACAACUUCAGUUGGCAAACCUAGUCAAUGCCAAAAUUACAUUUGCGUUAGUUCUGUAGCAGCUGUUGUUAUUAUGAUCGAAAUAGGAUAUGUGUAAUGUGUUACAGCUUUAAUUUAUUUCCAUAAGUGAUAACAAUGUCAAGCCCUGAGAGUGAUCAACAUGUUCGACCAGAAGCUCUGAGAAAGCUGGCACAGCUUCAGAUUGAUCGGCUUAAGAAAGAGGAAGAUGAGGAGCAGUGGAUUUCAGGUGAGGAACUGUACACAGAAGGAAGCAGUGAUGACGAUGAUGCAGCUAUCAGGAGAAAACGGCAGACUGAUGGCAAAGCACGGAAACACAGACGAGUGACACCUGGGACAGGAGCGAGGCACUACAAGUCAGAUGUCGCACCGUCAUCAUCAGGUGGCUGUGGAGAGUUGGGUGUGAUUGCACCGGAGAUGAAACUGGAACCUGAGGAAUUUCACACGUCCCAGUCUCAGGAGAUAAACCUGCCCUUGACUGACAGUGACGAACAGCCUGAGAUAUCGUGGAGGCCAAAGCGAGGCAGUAUAAAGUUGCCUAACCUGAGCCCAGAAGGUAGGGUUGAGGUGCUCACUGGAGCAGAUGUGGCCACUCACUGAGAUGAAGCUUCUUACCCAUCAGUCAGUUACUUGACUGGCAAAGACACUCAUAUCAGAACUUCUCACUUUUGAAUAGGAAGUUUAGAGUGGGUCAUUAGGUCAACAGCACAGUUCAUUUGGAAUGAGAAAUUACACUCAUUUGGUAAGAAUGUGGGCAUGAAACAGUCACAGCUUAUGUGAAAUACCAACCGACAACUGAGGAAAACCUGAGUCAGGAUAAAUGUGAGUUGAGAUAUGUACUGACAACCUACCAGAUAUGAAGUAUGAAUCUCUGUGUGCCAUUUAGAUGUCGUGGGGAAACUUGUGGUGUUAUCUUUCAAUUAAAUGCUGCCAUCCAUAUUGAGUGGUGCUAAACUCAGACAACUUAAUGUUAUUCUUGUAUGCAAAAUUCUGUCAAUUUAUGAUACCUGUAAAUUCUCAGAGAUUUCCACCCUGUUAUUAAUUUUAUAAUUUCCAGCAUAUAGAACAAUGUUCAUGCAGAAUUGUAGGCGGUUAUCACCAUACCGAGUUUUGCACAGUUUAUCAGUUAUUGACAAACAAGUAACAGAUUUCACAUGAUCACCACACUGUGAAGAAAAUAAUCUUAGCAGCAGCUGCGUACUGAUGUACCACCAUAUAAAACUGAAUGGAUCACUUGCAGAUGUUUCUGUGAACAUUGCCUGUACAUGUGUGUUGUUAAUCAUCCACCAGCCACAGAGGUUAUGUAAUGUCAGAUGCACUGUGCUUGUGAAGCAUCAUUCAUGACAAGUCAUCUGGAAUUAUGGAAGUAACAGUCAAGCAGCUGUCGGCUGUGAAGCUGUAGCGUGAACAGAGUGCUGUGAACGAAAUCACAUUCCUUUGUGUAGAGGGUAACUACUUCCUGGUGUUCCUCGCUUAGUUGGGUUAUGUGGUGAUACCAUCAUGGAUAAAUUGGCAUCUCAUCAGGCCGCUCUGUUUGUAGCUCAUGACCAGUACGAUGAAGCAAGAAAAUUUAAUUUUUAUUGCCAAUAAGGUCUGAUUGUUUUAUUUUGUGUAUGUAAUAAGAUAUAAAUGCAGUUUGGGUUACACUCUGGAUAGUAAAUGUAACAUUACAAGGAAUGACUGGACAUGACCUGAUGUCCUAAAAGAAAUGUAGAGUUCUUCUCUUCUUCUCUUUCUAUUGGCAGUACUUUGCAUGUAGUUGAGAAGAAAUUUGUCCCAGAAUUUCACUGUCAUGCAGAUAGAAUUCCACAUCUUAAACUGCCCUGUUUACAUGUCAUGGCAUUUUUUUUAAUGGUAUGAAAGGUUGGAAGUUUCUUCUGACUUCAUCUAGCAGGUUGUAACUUACCAUAAUACACUGCCCUGCAGUGGAUGAGGGACCCUGAAUAUUUUGCUUUGAAUGGCUUCAUGUGAUGUUAUGCAGUGCAGAGUAAGCUGUGUUACUGUGAUUCACUACUUGUACCCACACAUAUCUUGUCAUUAAAAGAACCACAGGACAUUGUGCAGAGAAAGCUUUUAUAGCUGAUUCAUGAUGUUGCUCAACUCUUGCCUCAAACGGUGUGCCUUUAUAAAAGUGGAAAAGUUGCAUGCCUUUUGCAGGUAACAGAGGUAAAGCUGAAGGUAUGUUUAUAUGAAAAUUACGAUACCCAAAUAUAAAAUAUUUUGUAUAUAUGUAUGUAUGUCUGUCUUGCAGACAUAGAAGUGUUUGUAUUAUGCUCAAAUGUUGGCAGCAGUGUGGUGUGUGGCACCACUUACUGAUCGAGCCCAGGCGCGCGCACACACACACAUCAGAUACUUUUGAGACCUGCAACUUUGCUUUGGUUGUUAAGGUACAGUACAUGUUAGGCAGCUGAAUGUCACAUUCUUUGUACUUAUCAGUGUCUCGGUGCAUGCGCAAUAUGUGAAAACUUUGUUAUCUGUGGACAUCCCAUUGCCAACAGGUGCCUGUGUUACAGACAUUUGGAAACUUGUAUUCAUUCGUAUAAUAAAUUUGUAUGUUCUGA